AUGUCUUGGCUUUUAGUUACACGUAUGAAGAAUGAAUUAGCAACUCUGAAGCGUAACCCUACACCGGGCGUAUGUAUUCGUCCUGUUACCGAUGGUGACCUUCAUCAUUACCAUGCAUCAAUCGAUGGUCCUCCUGAUACACCCUAUGAAGGUGGCAUUUUCAUCUUAGACGUGAACCUUUCAGAUGAUUACCCAUAUAAACCUCCAAAGGUCGUGUUUACUACAAGAAUGUUUCAUCCCAACAUCUAUCCUGAUGGUCAAAUUUGUCUUGAUAUACUAGGAUCGCAGUGGGCCGAGGCGCUGUCAUUGGAAAGUGUUCUAAUCUCGAUUUCUGUACUAUUAGCUGAUCCAAAUAUCGAGGAACCGGCAAAUCCUGAGGCAGCCCAUUACUACCGAGAGGAUCCUGAACAGUACAAUCGCAUUGUUCGACAAUAUGUGCAACAAUAUGCUUCACAAAAUACUGUAUCGUAG